AUCUUUGUUUAAGUGGGAGCUGUCUAUGUGUCCAGUGUUCGUGGGAUCGGUUAGAGUAGAUGUGUGACUGAGAGAGAUGCAGGCUUUGACCGAUUCUUAACUGGACGUUUAAACGAGCUCUUCCUUCCGGUUGUGAUGGAGCAGCCACCAGGGAGCGUAGAAGAUCUACAGCCUCAAGACCUCUCCACAUCCAGCAUCCCUGCUGGGAUCGACCUGACCAGGAAAGGUGAGGAAUGUGUCCUCAACAGCCCGACCCUCGAUGCUCUGCAUAUGGUUAAGAGCCCCAGCUGGUACCCAAACUUGGGGACCAGCAACCCUGGAUUACUUUUCUCUGAGACCGGCUCCUCAGAGACCACUCUCCAAUCAGGGGAAUCAAUUCAACCAGACGAUGCCUUCUCCCACACUACAGUCACUCUCUCCUACGUAAGCAGGUCUUGCGUCUUCUCCGCUCACGACUCCCUGUCUCGGCGUUCGCCAUUGUAUGGUGUGCCGCCUAUUAGCAAGAUGUCUCUCCACUCUCCUUGUGACUUAGAUAUUGGGCUUGAGGAGACUGGCUAUGUACUGAACCAGCACUACUUGGAGCAGGUUGAUGGGCCCAUAGACCUCGCUACUCAGACGCACCUUUUUCAGUCAUUGGCUCAGGUGGGACCAGAGAAAGAUGGGAGAGUGUGUCUAACGCAGGAGCCUCAGGAGUUCAUUUCUAGUGGCAGAGAAAAGCAUGGAAACCAUGAAGAGGAUCACAGCCUUUCUCUUAAAAAGAGGGGGGGUUUGGAAAAUGGACAGGGUGGUAGCUGCUCCAGUUCAAUAGUUUGUGCUGAAAUCUCACCGGAGACGAUCACCUCUGCCACAGGGGUGGAUGAGGAGAGGGACAUCUCUGAGCCGGUCUCUCUCACGUCUAAGAAAUGGAACCCAGUCGUCGCCUCGGGCAGUGUGGGUGCUAGAGACCUGUCUUCACAAGGCAUGGAGUACAUCAGUCCUCUGGAGGACCCCGUCUCCCCCUCUGCUACCUCGCUGGACAAUGUGGAGGAUGUGUUCAUCCUGCCUCAGGCCUCUAGCUCACCCAGUGGUGAUAACUGUUAUCUCGAAACAUUCAAUGAGGUUGCGUGGGAUGGCCUAAGGACAAAGGGGGCCAUUCAGCCGGGCUGUGGCAUCAGCGAUCGCACCACAAAGUUAGAUUCAAGCGCCAAAAAUAAGCAGCCUGUCAGUCGACGGAAGAUGGUGUUGGAGCCUUUAAUUGACUUGACAGAUGAGGUGUGUGUGUCAGACGUUUCCAAAAACAAACCCAAGGCCGUCACGCCUCACAUGAACGAGAAUGCUAUGGUACCACAGAGAACCUCAAAAGAAAAGAAACUGCCUGUGCGGCCCGGAAGAGGUUCACGGUUAGACACUAUUGUUAUGAACAUAAAUUCUAGCCGGUAUAAAGUGUCGGGACGCAUACGUACCAGUAAGAAAGCAAAGGCUUCCCAGUCGCCAGCUGGUGAGCCUAAGUUAGCCAGUCCUCAGAGGAAUGACACCCUUUCAGCAGGAAAAAGGGGAAGCAGAGUGAAAGAGCCUUUGUCAGUGAUAACGAUGAAACAAAAAGUAGUAAAUUCAAUGAAAAGGUGUCAAACCAAUAACAUGAACACUGAGGGUUGCAAAGACUCUACCUCUGAUUCUGAAAUGAGUCAUUCUAAAAAGUCUAAUGGUAGCACAUCUCCAAAAAGCCCUCUGUUUUCUUUGCACAAGAAGUCAAAGAGAGGACCAGAGGAUGUUUCCUACCUUGCACAUGAACAACAGACCAGCCCAGUGAGGGCAAAGAGGAAACCCUCAUCACCCUCAAGUCCCCAGUCUGAUGUGUGUGAAAACUCAAAGGAGCCAAAGCAUCUACCCCCCCCUAACCCUCCAGUGGAAAUUCAUACUGCAAGGCCUUCCCCACCACAAUCCUCAACUUCUCCAAAGAAAAGCCAAGGCAAAGGCAAGGCCACAGGCAGCAAACCAUUUCCCACUUCCAAGACCAAGGGGGCUGGUACUCGCAAGAGAAGGCAAAGGAAACGCACAUCGAGCCAGUAUCCCUCCAUUUUCUCCCCGAAGGAGCCGGAGAUCAAGUUAAAGUACAUCAACCACAAGGAGGAGAAAAGGGACUACAGGUUAGACAGGUUCUCUCCAUUCAUCCAUGUGGAGCGUCAGCAAACCUCGUCAUCACUGUGUACUAUAAUCAACUAUCCCGAGGAGGUGAGGACACAACACAAGAGGGGCCCGCAGCAGCAGGUUCACCCCUGUGGGUUCAUUGCUGCAGUCGUACCAAGCACGUCCUGUCUGCAGCUGGGCCGGGCCUCCACGCACAGCCGGCAGCAGCGCGCUCUUGUCUGUUGCCUAUGUGGACAGGCGGCUAAUGCCAUGGACUUGGGGGACCUCCAUGGCCCCUAUUACCCAGAAGGAUACCAGCCAGGCAGCAAAAGACCAGCCAGCAUGUCUGGCCUCAAAGAGGAUGAGGAUGGCUACAGCGACACAGACUCUUCGUCCUGCAGUGUCCGAGGCAGGGGGAGGAAGUCUGCUGUUCCAUCCGCACCCGGAACCCUCAAACCAGCUGCUCAGCUGAAGCGGAAGGUUCUGGAGAGCUACCGGCGGACGGCUUACAACACUGGCAUCCCUGCAGCUAAGCGGGCCCGGUCAGAGGGAGGCUCUGCUGAUAUGGCGGACUGGUACAGCCCCCCUGUGCUUCCUCUAGAGCCCUGUGAAUACUGGCUCCACGAAGACUGCGGCAUCUGGUCCGCAGGCGUGUUCCUGGUGAAGGGCAAAGUCUACGGACUGGAGGAGGCUGUCAAGGUGGCCGAGGAGACGAAGUGCUCGGCCUGCAGUGACCGUGGUGCUACACUGGGCUGCUUCUUCAAAGGCUGUGUCAACAAGUACCACUACAGGUGUGCUCUGGAGUCAGACUGUGUACUCGUAGAAGACAUAUUUUCCGUGAAGUGUAAAAAGCACAAGUCAGUGAUUCCUCAUCCAUCCCCAGAACAAGACAUUCAGAGCCCCUCCAGGAAACCGAUGGGAGGACAGGUGACGAAGCAGCAACCUCAUGAGACAUGCAACAUCCCAUCGGGUCUCUCCUUCCCCGGCUGUUGCUAUCCUGUCAACUGUGGACUAGGGUUCCUCUGACUGACGGCUAGCACCUGUAAACCUUAACUCUACCGUCUGCUCUUCACCGGCGUCAUGACGACACCGGCUGAAGGCGCCCAGUCACCAAACCGCUGAAGGCCAGCGGAUGGGGCUCAAGACGCACAUCAAUAAUCUGGGGACAGAAAGUAAUAUGCUGAAUUCCUUGUGUUUUCACUGUGUAGUUAUUUAUAUGGAAUUUUUGUUCCUGGACACACUAUGAAUAACAAUCAAAGAGAUUUAAUCUUUUUUAAAGAUUUUGUAAGUAAUUGGUUUAUUUAUUCCUGGACUUUUCUUAUUAGUUGUAAAAGAGAUCUGAUUGUUUGUUUCUAAAUUAUCGAGCCGGUCAAGGAGAUGCUGGACAGUGGAUCUAUGACGCUCACUGAACAAGGUACCCGAUUGGACGCUGCCGAUACAACAGUGUUCCAUCGUAAACGUAACAUAGCCAGACACUUUCACUAAAUGUUGGUGUUAGUGAGGGGGCUGAAGCUGGUGUGUUUGAAUGUAAUCUCCCCAUGCCAGUUAUUUUUUGCAGAAAGCACUUUGGAGUGACAAAGGUUGCCCCCCCCCCCCAAAUGAAAGCUGUCAUAAUAUUUCCUAGAAGUAAAGGGAUUCCUUUCAGACCUGGAUCACUUACAUUUUUUUUUAGAUUCCUGAAGAAUGUUGAGAAUGUUUGCUUUACCUCAAUCUUAAUUUCAGUAGGAACAGCCAGCCAUGCGAGUAUGAAGAUCCCUGAUCGGCUACUGGGAUUUCGUUCUUUCCUUGAAUUGGCCUAAAUGGGGAACUUCUGAAAAAGCCUUAUCUGUUAAAUUCAAUUGCUGCCGUUCUCAUGAGCCUGUGGUGCAAUGACAAAUCAGUGAUGUACAUCACCUUUCUUUGACAUCUUGAUGACUGAAGCAACUUGAAUGCACUUUUCUGCUGCAGGCUGUUUAUUGAUAGCGAGGCCAAUGUGCCCUCGACCACAUGUACUGAGACUAGUAUUAGUACUUGUUGUCGGGGCUUUGGCCUGCCAGCCUGUUUAUUUUCCAGAGAAGCCUCCGUGUACUUUCUCCGAGGGCCAGCGUUGUGCUGUCUGAGACCAGAGGGGUCCAUAAGCCAUAUAUGGUAACAAAUACAAUGUCUUUAAUGUGGAACAGCACGUCUAUUUCUUUUGUGCCAUCCAUAUGUUUUGGGUAUUUCAUAUUUUGGUGCGGUGAUAUUUUCAGGGCAAUAGUUUCAAAUAAUACAGUCGUUCACAUUGUACCAAAAACUGUUUUUGAGUGUUUCAUUCAUACAUUUUUAAAGUGUUAAUCUCAGGGCUGGAUCUCAGAUAUUCUAAUGAUUUGAACAGUGUUUUGUAACUUUAGUGUUCUGUGCUCACUGUUAAUCCUUCUAAGGACGAGAGUAAUGCUACAUGUAUCAGUAAGUGCUAUUUCUAAAUCACAUUCCAGCCCCUCGGUGUCAUCGGUGCUGUGGGGGACGACAUUUAACAUGGAACUAGGACUGCCAACUCGGGUCACUUUUUUCAUGGUCUAUAUUUGAUGGCAUCUUUUUCUACAGUCUUGCUCACGAUGCCGUCAUGUCAGGCAAAAAUAAAUAUUUUGUUCAA